UUAAGAUUUGAAAGACGUCUUUCAAGCGAUUGAAUCUGGAUAAUUAAGAAUUUUGUGUUAAGGAAAAAAAGUGAUGAUUUAAGUUAUGUCAGAGCGGAAUUCACCGUCAAACUUUAAACUUCUUUCACGCCAGACGACUGGAGAAAUAUCUCAAUUAAACGGAGAAGCUAAUUUAGAAAAAAUGAUGUCUCCAUCAGCACGGAAAGUGACGUCGCCAACGGCACGCCAGUCGCCUCCGCGUACAAGUUCAAGGCAGUCGACGUCAAGUCAGUCUAUGACGUCAUCACGACUUUCUAUGGCGACAACGACGGUAGAAAGUGACACUGCAAGUGAAUUCGAGCCUCUGUUUCAGAGCCGGUGGGACGAUGAAACGGAGAUGGACAAGGGAUUGAAAAUUCUAAAGAGAAAACAUGCCGCCACCGUUCGUCUCCGAAAACUGAAUGAUGUGUAUGACAGACUGUUGGUCGACAAAAUUCGAGUUUUAGAUACAAACCUGUCGCAUGUUGAAAAGGAAUUGACAAAGGAGACGCGUUUUAUCAAAGAAGAAAUCCGAGAAUUCAAGCCUGUUUUACAAUUCCCGCGAAUCGACUCCGCUACUCCAGUAGAGUCCCGCUCAAGUAGUAGACUAAGCGGUCGAAACCAAACUGAUAAGUUAUGUCAGUCAUGUAUGUUCGAUUCUACUAAUACAAAUCUAAGAUGCCGACAUUUUCCAUGUUACUUGCCCGCCACUUAUAACAGUAUCACUUUUACAAGCAAGCCACAGACAUACUCUGUUGUCAGUAAUUACAACCAACUCCUUCAACGAUGCAAAGACUUGAGACCAUCCACAUCACAUACACGACAGAACAUGAAAAAGGAUGAAGUAAACAUAGAAACAGAACCUCACCCACCGCGUAAUUCUACCAAAGAGAAAAUACGCGGUCUGAAACAAUUAGUCAAGGAAAUGAAAGAGCGGAAUGAAAAAACGAAGCCACGUGACUGGGCAGUCAAUUAUGGUGAUCCCGUGCCUAGACGCAUUAUACUAAAACCAGUUAAAACUAUAUGAUUUGUACUAAUGGCUAUUAUCGUAGGUAUAACGAGCACGUUGCUUACGUGAAGAAAAAUGCGUAGUUACGGCAGGCAUUCCACAGGAAAUUUGACUCGUGUAGCAAAUGAAAUGUGCUUAUUUUGCAAUGAAGUCAAACUUUUUUUGUAUUUAUCAGUAAAGCAUUGUUGUUGUUUUUUUUUUGCAUUGCUAUAUAGGUUUCUUUAGUUGUCUCCCUUUUUCAAUAAUUUGUACUGAUUUAUUACCAUCUUUCCUUUCUUUAAUUUUAUCCGCAGUUGAAAGUAGUUUAACAUGUUGCAUUUGAAUCAGUUUAUUUGAGUUCUGAUUGUUCAAGAUGCAUAGUGCGUGAAUACGACAACCAUAGUAGUUGAUUUGCUUAUUUCUGUGUGAAAUAAAGGACAUGAAA